GCUCUGUUAGUUAACUAGGCUGGGAGACCUCCAACGCCAGAGAGGCACCGGAGGAACUGGGAUCAUAAAAGCAAGCUGCAGUAGCUAGAAGAAAAUAAGUCCAAGACAGUCCACGUUCAUAGACCAAAAUGACGAUGCCCCCCACCAGUGCGCAGCUGGGCAGGCACAUGGUGGAAUGCGGCAUUUGCUACGAAGCCUACAGAGUAGCUUCUCACGGGCGGGUCCCUAAACUACUGUGGUGCCAUCACUCCCUCUGCUUGGCCUGCCUGAGGAAACUGGUCUGCCAGACCCCAGCGUACUCAUUUGUGGUCUGCCCCUUUUGCCGAAUGGUGACACUUCUGCCUGAACAAGGACUGCAGGCCUUGAAGGACGAUGAAGCCCUUCUACAGGAGAUGGCACCACAAGGACUGGAAGUAAUGGACUCAGACGAGGAGCCAGUGGAUGACAAAGACUCUUCCAGAUCUCCCAGCUGGCCCGUCAGGACCUCAGCCGUAGCCUUAGACAUGGAGUUUAACUACAUGGCCAGCUCACCCAUCAUCACAGUCAGCAGUCUAGUCCCAGCGUAUGCCACUGGUCUCCAUUCUGGAAUGGGGAGUUUGGGCAGGUUUCAGCUGCAGGACUUACCAAACACCCUGCUGGUUCAGUUCCCCAGCAGCUCCCCCCGCCCAGACUCCCAGCUACCUCCACCAUCAGUGGAAAAUGUCCGGCUUUGCUUUGCAGUGGCCAUCAUCCUACUCAUCAUCUCAGUCUUCUUCUCACUGGUCUUCUUCAAGUAAGGAAGUCUAGAGAUGCUGACGGGCUUUAGUUUUUCAGCCAAAGAAAGAAGAAUUGAGGAAGAAUCCUUUCACCUGUUCAGCACCGCCAUGGGACUUUGCGCAGGUCUCUGGACAUGACUCUCUUCUACCCUGCCCAUGGACACAGGUCAUGUUAUGACCAACAUCUGGAUGGACAGAUUUAGGGCCCAAAGUUGGGGUCUGGUGCAUAUUGUUUCUAACAAGGAUGGGAUUGAGGGUAGACCUUGCAAAAGGCCUCACAGAAAAAGGAUAAGUUUGUUUUAUUAAUUCUGUUCUGUUUGUAAAUUGCAAUCUAGAUAUUUGAGUCUCAGCAAACUGCCCAGAGCUCUAAAUGUUUCCAAGAGCCGAGAUCCAAAUUACAUAGCAGUUGAGGUCUAGCGAAGUUCUGUCCUGCAGACUGUUCUUAAGAUGCUUAUUCAGAAACAAAGCAUCACUUAGUCUAGGGCAUACUUGCUGUCGUCUUUCCUCACCAAAAGAUGACAGGAUUUUUAACCCACCAUUUCCUGGACCUUCUUUAUUCAUAGUAGCAGCUGCUGCCAUUAAAUCAGUUGAACUGACUGCAACUCUUGGAAGAUUUGAGGCAAGCAAGCUCUCUAGGCUUCCUUCCUGCACAUGCAUUUCACAAAAGGAUUCACUUUUGUAAGAGAUUUAACAACUUUUUUGGGGCAGGGGCAGGAGAAAGGAAAAGAUGUUCUUCAUCCAGGAGAACACAAAUAAUUUGAUUCAGGAAUCUUGUCUGUGUCAUAAACAUGCAAAAUAGUGAUUUGUCAAUUUCCGUAUAGCACACCCAUGACCCCGGCUGGUAUUUGGAUGGGAGACCUCCAAGGAAUACUGGGAUCCUGACACAGAAUCAGGCAAUGGCAAACCACCUCUGAAUCUCUCUUGCCUUGAAAACCCUAUGGGGUCGUUGUAAGUCAGCUGUGACUUGAAGGCAAGGAAAAAAUACAGCACAUGGGUCAUUUUAGAUGUUGUUUUUAACCAGUGCUAUUGUGGUCCUUUGUGGUUUAGACAUUGUUAUUUUAAUUCCUUGCUGCCUAUUGUUCUUAUUCAAGUAUGCUUGCACCAUUUUAAUAAAUUAUUUUGAUUAUA